AUGAAUCUAAUGGACCAGCAUCCCUUGUUGGCUUCCAACGUGAUACCGACGAACUACAAAGCUGGACAGGUCGUGAUUGCGCAAGGUGAUCCAGGAUCUGAGUUCUUUGUCAUCAAGUCUGGGACUGCUACCGUCUCCAUUGCCCAGGAUGACCAGGCAGCCCAGCAGGUGGCCACAUUGACCGCGGGCGACUACUUCGGGGAGGCAGCGCUCCUUCGAGAUGAGCCGCGGACAGCGACCAUCACGGCCGCCACCAACCUCAGC